UAUGGGAGUCCCCGUCCAGCUCAUGCCAACAUGAAUGCCAAUGCAGCUGCAGGGCUUGCCCCAGAGCACAUCCCUACGCCAGGGGCAGCUCUGUCCUGGCAAGCUGCGAUUGAUGCUGCCAGGCAAGCCAAACUGAUGGGUAGUGCUGGCAAUGCAACAAUCUCCACGGCUAGCUCCACGCAGAGGAAAAGGCAGCAGUAUGGGAAACAGAAAAAACAGGGUACCACCACAGCUACACGUCCUCCCAGGGCACUGCUGUGUUUAACACUGAAAAAUCCCAUCCGGAGGGCAUGCAUCAGCAUCGUCGAAUGGAAAUCAUUUGAAAUAAUUAUUUUACUGACUAUUUUUGCCAAUUGUGUGGCCUUAGCUAUCUAUAUCCCCUUUCCAGAAGAUGAUUCCAAUGCCACCAAUUCCAAUCUGGAACGAGUGGAAUAUCUCUUUCUCAUAAUUUUUACAGUGGAAGCAUUUUUAAAAGUAAUAGCAUACGGACUUCUCUUUCACCCCAACGCUUACCUCCGCAAUGGCUGGAAUUUACUAGAUUUUAUAAUUGUGGUAGUAGGGCUUUUUAGUGCAAUUUUAGAACAAGCAACCAAAGCAGAUGGGGGGAAUUCAAUAGGAGGAAAAGGUGCUGGCUUCGAUGUUAAAGCACUGCGGGCUUUCCGAGUAUUGCGUCCAUUACGGCUGGUGUCUGGAGUUCCUAGUCUCCAGGUGGUUUUAAAUUCAAUUAUCAAGGCCAUGGUCCCUUUGUUACAUAUUGCCCUGCUGGUGCUGUUUGUCAUUAUUAUCUAUGCCAUCAUCGGACUGGAGUUAUUCAUGGGGAAGAUGCAUAAAACCUGCUACCAUGUGCAAGGGGGACUUAUAGAUACACCCGCGGAAGACGACCCGUCUCCCUGCGCCCCGCAGUCUGCGCACGGGCGGCAGUGCCAGAACGGCACGGAGUGCAAGGCGGGCUGGGAGGGCCCGAAGCAUGGCAUCACCAACUUUGACAACUUUGCUUUUGCCAUGCUGACGGUCUUCCAGUGCAUCACGAUGGAGGGCUGGACGGAUGUGCUGUACUGGAUGCAGGACGCUAUGGGCUAUGAGUUACCAUGGGUGUAUUUUGUCAGUCUGGUCAUCUUUGGAUCCUUUUUCGUUCUAAAUCUGGUUCUUGGUGUGUUGAGCGGGGAGUUUUCCAAAGAAAGAGAGAAGGCUAAGGCUCGGGGUGAUUUCCAGAAGUUACGGGAAAAACAACAGCUGGAGGAGGAUUUGAAGGGAUACUUAGACUGGAUAACUCAAGCAGAAGAUAUCGACCCAGAAAAUGAAGAUGAAGGCAUGGAUGAAGAGAAGCCUCGAAACAUGAGCAUGCCCACCAGUGAGACCGAGUCCGUGAACACAGACAACGUCCCUGGAGCAGAUAUUGAAGGCGAAAACUGCGGUGCUAGGCUAGCGCAUCGGAUCUCAAAAUCAAAGUUUAGUCGCUACUGGCGCCGAUGGAAUCGAUUCUGCAGAAGAAAGUGCCGUGCUGCUGUCAAGUCCAAUGUUUUCUACUGGUUGGUGAUCUUCCUUGUGUUUCUCAACACCCUUACCAUUGCCUCUGAACACUACAACCAGCCAGACUGGCUCACAGAGGUCCAAGACACUGCCAAUAAGGUGCUGCUAGCUCUUUUCACGGCUGAGAUGCUGCUGAAGAUGUACAGUCUUGGUCUCCAGGCCUACUUUGUAUCCCUCUUCAACCGCUUUGACUGUUUCAUCGUGUGUGGAGGAAUCCUGGAAACAAUUCUGGUUGAGACUAAGAUCAUGUCACCACUGGGCAUUUCUGUGUUGAGAUGUGUUCGACUACUAAGAAUAUUUAAAAUCACAAGAUACUGGAAUUCCCUGAGUAACCUUGUGGCUUCACUGCUGAAUUCAGUCCGCUCCAUUGCCUCCUUGUUGCUGCUUCUCUUCCUCUUUAUUAUCAUCUUCUCACUCCUGGGGAUGCAGCUCUUUGGGGGCAAAUUUAACUUUGAUGAGAUGCAGACCAGGAGGAGUACAUUUGACAACUUCCCCCAGUCCCUCCUCACUGUGUUUCAGAUCCUGACUGGGGAGGACUGGAAUUCGGUGAUGUAUGAUGGGAUCAUGGCUUAUGGCGGCCCCUCUUUUCCAGGAAUGUUGGUCUGUAUUUACUUCAUCAUCCUCUUCAUUUGUGGAAACUAUAUUCUGCUGAAUGUAUUUUUGGCCAUUGCUGUGGACAACCUUGCUGAUGCUGAGAGUUUAACAUCUGCACAGAAAGAAGAGGAAGAGGAAAAAGAAAGGAAAAAGCUAGCUAGGACUGCUAGUCCUGAAAAGAAACAGGAGAUAGAAAAAACAGCUGUGGAGGAGGAGACAAAGGAGGAGAAAAUUGAGCUGAAAUCAAUCACUGCUGAUGGAGAAUCCCCCCCUGCUACCAAGAUCAACAUGGAUGAUUAUCAGCCCAAUGAAAAUGAAGAAAAGAGCCCAUAUCCCCCAACAGAAGGACCAGCUGAGGAAGAUGAGGAAGAACCCGAGAUGCCUGUGGGCCCUCGGCCUCGCCCAAUGUCUGAGCUGCACCUCAAGGAGAAGGCUGUGCCCAUGCCUGAUGCCAGUGCUUUUUUCAUCUUCAGUCCUAACAACAGGUUUCGUGUCCACUGCCAUCGAAUUGUUAACGAUAACAUUUUCACCAACCUGAUCCUGUUUUUCAUCUUGCUCAGCAGCAUCUCUCUGGCAGCCGAGGACCCUGUCCGGCACCUCUCCUUUAGGAACCAAAUUCUCUUUUAUUUUGAUAUAGUUUUUACUGUCAUUUUCACCAUUGAAAUUGCUCUGAAGAUGACCGCGUACGGGGCUUUCCUUCAUAAGGGCUCCUUCUGCAGAAACUAUUUCAACAUCCUAGACCUGCUGGUGGUCAGCGUUUCUCUCAUCUCCUUUGGGAUCCAGUCCAGUGCCAUCAAUGUGGUGAAGAUCCUGCGUGUUCUGAGAGUUCUUAGACCACUGAGGGCCAUCAACAGAGCCAAGGGACUAAAGCAUGUGGUCCAGUGUGUGUUUGUCGCCAUCCGAACCAUCGGAAACAUUGUGAUUGUCACUACUUUGCUGCAGUUCAUGUUUGCCUGCAUUGGAGUUCAGUUGUUUAAGGGCAAGCUGUACAGCUGCACUGAUAGCUCCAAGCAGACGGAGGCAGAAUGCAAAGGGUACUACAUUACAUACAAGGAUGGUGAGGUCAACCAGCCAAUGAUACAGCCCCGGAGCUGGGAGAACAGCAAGUUUGACUUCGACAACGUCUUGACUGCCAUGAUGGCCCUCUUCACUGUCUCAACCUUUGAGGGCUGGCCAGAGUUGCUGUAUAGGUCCAUUGAUUCCCACAUGGAGGAUGUGGGACCCAUCUAUAAUCACAGGGUUGAGAUCUCCAUCUUCUUUAUUAUCUACAUCAUCAUCAUUGCUUUCUUCAUGAUGAACAUCUUCGUUGGUUUCGUCAUCGUCACAUUUCAGGAGCAAGGAGAACAAGAGUACAAGAACUGUGAGCUGGACAAAAACCAGCGCCAGUGCGUAGAAUAUGCCCUGAAGGCCCGGCCCCUGCGGAGAUACAUCCCUAAAAACCAGUACCAGUACAAAGUCUGGUAUGUGGUCAACUCCACCUAUUUUGAAUACCUGAUGUUCGUUCUGAUCCUNCUGAACACCAUCUGCCUGGCCAUGCAACACUACGGUCAGAGCUGCAUGUUCAAGGAAGCCAUGAACAUCCUCAACAUGCUCUUCACUGGGCUUUUCACCGUUGAGAUGGUCCUGAAAUUAAUUGCCUUCAAACCCAAGGGUUACUUUAGUGAUCCUUGGAAUGUUUUUGACUUCCUCAUCGUAAUUGGCAGCAUUAUAGACGUCAUUCUCAGUGAAACUAAUCCAGCUGAACAUACCCAAUGCUCUUCCUCUAUGAACGCAGAGGAAAAUUCUCGCAUCUCAAUCACCUUCUUCCGACUCUUCCGCGUGAUGCGUCUCGUGAAGCUCCUGAGCCGAGGGGAGGGCAUCCGGACGCUGCUUUGGACCUUCAUCAAGUCCUUCCAGGCUCUCCCCUACGUGGCUCUUUUAAUAGUGAUGUUGUUCUUCAUCUAUGCCGUGAUCGGGAUGCAGGUAUUUGGUAAAAUUGCGCUGAACGAUACCACAGAAAUCAACCGCAACAACAACUUCCAGACCUUUCCCCAGGCUGUGCUGCUGCUUUUCAGGUGUGCCACUGGUGAGGCCUGGCAGGAAAUCAUGCUGGCAUGUCUCCCAGACAAGAAGUGCGACCCAGAGUCGGAGCCGGCCAACUCCACCGAAGCCGAUCACUCCUGUGGCAGCAGCUUCGCCGUCUUCUAUUUCAUCAGCUUCUACAUGCUUUGUGCCUUCCUGAUCAUCAAUCUUUUUGUAGCUGUUAUAAUGGAUAACUUUGAUUACCUGACAAGGGACUGGUCCAUUUUAGGACCACACCACCUGGAUGAGUUUAAAAGGAUCUGGGCAGAGUAUGACCCUGAAGCCAAGGGACGGAUCAAACACCUGGACGUGGUUACGCUGCUCCGGCGGAUCCAGCCCCCGCUCGGCUUCGGGAAGCUCUGCCCUCACCGGGUGGCUUGCAAACGCCUUGUCUCCAUGAACAUGCCACUGAACAGUGAUGGGACUGUUAUGUUCAAUGCCACACUUUUUGCCUUGGUCAGAACAGCACUGAGGAUCAAGACAGAAGGCAACCUGGAGCAAGCCAACGAAGAGCUGAGAGCAAUAAUUAAGAAAAUCUGGAAGCGCACCAGUAUGAAGCUGCUGGACCAGGUGGUGCCCCCCGCAGGUGAUGACGAGGUGACUGUUGGGAAGUUCUACGCCACUUUCCUGAUUCAGGAGUAUUUCCGGAAGUUCAAGAAGCGUAAAGAGCAGGGACUGGUGGGCAAGCCCUCCCAGCGCAACGCGCUCUCCUUGCAGGCUGGUCUGCGCACACUCCAUGACAUCGGGCCGGAGAUCCGACGAGCAAUUUCUGGAGACCUAACAGCUGAAGAAGAGCUGGAUAAGGCCAUGAAAGAAGCUGUUUCUGCUGCCUCUGAAGAUGAUAUCUUCCGGAGAGCCGGAGGCUUGUUUGGAAACCAUGUCAGCUAUUACCAAAGUGAUGGCAGGAGUGGGUUCCCGCAGACAUUCACCACCCAGAGACCUUUGCACAUCAAUAAGUCUGGCAACAACCAGGGAGAUACCGAGUCUCCAUCUCAUGAGAAGCUGGUGGACUCCACUUUCACUCCCAGCAGCUACUCAUCUUCAGGCUCCAAUGCCAACAUCAACAAUGCCAACAACACUGCCCUGUGUCGCUUCCCCAGCCCACCCAGCUACCCCAGCACUGUCAGCACAGUGGAAGGCCACGGGACCCCCUUGUCACCCACCAUACGUGUCCAAGAGGCUCCGUGGAAACUACCUUCCAAAAGCUCCAGUUCCAGAGACAGCCAGCUGGCAAUUGUUUGCCAAGAGGAAGUGUCUCAGGAUGAGACUUAUGAUGAAAAUUUGAAUGAAGACAUUGAAUACUGUAGUGAACCAAGUCUGCUCUCUACUGAAAUGCUUGCCUACCAAGAUGAUGAAAACAGACAACUUACUCCACCAGAACACAACAAAGGAGAGGACACCCGGCACUCUCCGAAGAAAGGGUUUCUGUGCUCCUCAGCACUAGGUCGAAGAGCAUCUUUUCACUUAGAAUGUCUGAAAAGGCAGAAAAACCAGGGCACAGAUGUCUCUCAGAAGACAGUUCUGCCUUUGCAUCUGGUACAUCAUCAGGCACUAGCAGUGGCUGGCCUGAGCCCCCUCCUCCAUCGAAGCCAUUCCCCCACCGCGUUCUCCCGGCUGUGCGCUACGCCCCCCGCCACCCCCUGCAGCCGUGGCUGGCAGCCACCGAACCCCAUCCCGACCCUGCGCCUGGACAGGGCAGAGUCCAGCGAGAAGCUCAACAGCAGCCUCCCAUCCGUGCACUGCAGCUCUCGGUACACCGACAGCACCAGCUGCAGCAGCCCCCGGAGGGCCCGGCCGGUCUCUCUCACCGUCCCCAGCCAGAGCGGAGGGAGCAGCAGGCAGCUCCACGGCAGCGCUAGCAGCCUGGUGGAAGCGGUCUUGAUCUCAGAAGGACUGAUGCAGUUUGCUCAAGAUCCAAAGUUCAUUGAGGUCACAACCCAGGAGCUCGCGGACGCCUGUGACAUGACAAUAGAAGAGAUGGAAAAUGCAGCAGACAACAUUCUCAAUGGUAACAGCAAGCAGAGCCCCAAUGGCAACCUCUUGCCUUUUGUUAACUGCAGGGACCCAGGGCAGGACAGUGCAGGAGAGGAAGAGGAAGAGGUGCAGAACCCGGAUUGUAGAAAAAGUCAGGAGGAGCUCAAGGACAGCAGGAUUUAUAUCAGCAGCCUGUAG